UGGUGCUCUCCAAGAGGCACAGGACGCCACCUCUUGACCGAAAAGGAAAAUAUAGAUGCGCAUGAUUGCAUCGUCAUGAUGCGGGGAACAAACCGGAACCCCAACCUUGCAACCACUCCGCUGUCUAGACCCUCGCUCACUGCACGCGUAUUUACGCGCCUCCAACUGUAGACGCUUAUCACCUUUCUUCCUCGACGUUCAUCAUGCUCUCCGCCGCCGCUGCUGCCCGUCGUUCUGCGUCAACGCAGCUGCGCUCCAGCGCAGUUCGUUCUGUGUCUGUCUGGGCGAACGUGCCCGCUGGUCCCCCUGACCCCAUCCUCGGUGUUUCUGAGGCGUUCAAGGCAGACAAGGACCCGCGCAAGAUUAACCUUGGUGUUGGCGCGUACCGCGAUGAGAACGGCAAGCCUUACGUCCUCAGGAGUGUAAAGCUGGCAGAGAAGGCGAUCGAGGCUGCUGAGCCUGACAAGGAGUACCUCCCGAUCACCGGUCUCGCCGACUUCACCAAGAACGCUGCCCUCCUAGCGUACGGCCCCGACUCCACUCCCCUCCAGCAGGGCUCGAUCGCUGUGACCCAGUCCAUCUCGGGCACUGGUGCCCUUCGGAUUGGUGGUGCGUUCCUCGGCAAGCACUACCCCAAUGCCAAAGUUGUGUACCUUCCCACUCCUUCCUGGGGCAACCACACCCCCAUCUUCCGCGACUCUGGGCUCGAGGUCCGUCAGUACAAGUACUUCGACAAGAGCACUGUCGGCCUCGACUUCGAGGGCAUGAAGGCGGACAUCAGGGCAGCGCCCGAGCAAUCCAUUGUUCUCCUCCACGCCUGCGCGCACAACCCUACUGGUAUCGAUCCUACGCCGGAGCAGUGGAAGGAGAUUUCCGACAUCGUCAAGGAGAAGAAGCUGUUCCCCUUCUUCGACAUGGCGUACCAGGGCUUCGCGUCCGGCAACAUUGCGCGCGACGCCUUCGCCCCGCGCUACUUCGUCUCCCAGGGUCACCAGAUCGCCCUCGCCCAGUCGUUCGCUAAGAACAUGGGCCUCUACGGCGAGCGUGUUGGCGCGUUCUCGCUGGUCUGCGCGGACCCCGAGGAGAAGGCGCGCGUGGACAGCCAGCUGAAGAUCGUCAUCCGCCCGAUGUACUCGAACCCCCCUCUGCACGGUGCUCGCAUUGCGAACGCGAUCUUGUCUGACAAGGAGCUGUACUCGGAGUGGGAGACGGAGGUCAAGGGCAUGGCCGACCGCAUCAUUGGCAUGCGCGAGAAGCUCUACAACUCGCUCACUCACGACCUCAAGACGCCCGGCGAGUGGGGUCACAUCAAGAGCCAGAUCGGCAUGUUCAGCUUCACCGGCUUGACCCAGCCUAUGACGAAGGCCCUCGCCGAGAAGGCCCACAUCUACAUGACGGCUGAUGGCCGCAUCUCGAUGGCUGGCCUGAACAGCCACAACAUCGACUACUUCGCGGAGAGCGUCAACAAGGCCGUCCGUGGCGACCUCUGAGUCGCAAAAAUGGGACGCCAGUGACGGCGGCUGUAGAACUAUCUUGUUACAGUAGCUUUGUACGACACGUGGUUUCGGACGGGCGGACGAGCAUGUUACGAUCGUCAAUCACAUUGCAUCUUGCUUUCAACCAUCA